AUGGCAUCUAAAGAAACAGAGCAGGCAAAUGAGAAGUUCAACAAGGAGUUUGAGAACAUCAUUAUUAAGAACGACCUUGGUGAGCCUGUAACCCAGUCCUUGGGUGGUCAGCCAUUUGUUCCAACUCGAUAUGAUAGCCGUGACUACAAGUACGAAGAGAAGAUACAGAUCGCCAAGGAUCUACGACCAGCUGGUGUAAAGAUUUUUGGUGAGAACGUGCCCGAGUCUUUCUAUCAGUAUGGAUUGGAAGCAAAGAAAGCCCACGAGAAGGCACAGUUUGAUAGAUACAUACUCGGUAGUUUGGACCCCAACAACCCAGCACAGAUACAGAAAGUGUUCAGUUAUUUCCCGGAGCUAGUCAACGAACCAAAGAAGUAUUUCGAAGAGAAACUAAAGGUACUGCAGAGGAUCUUCAAUCUAAAGUUGACGGGUCCACAAUCAAGGGAAGACUACGAAUUCAUGUUUGCAGUAGACAGUGGAAUCAUUGACAUUGGACAAUAUCAGGACCUGGUUCAGUGGAAGCCACCCGGAAUCAAAGUCAAUCCAUCAAAUGGUAUCACAACAGUAGAUCAUACACGCACGCGUCACGGUGCAGGAAUUGGAUUCAUGGCCCCCCAAGAUACUCAAAGAUAUGAUUGGUCUGGUGGACUAACGCUUAAGAGUAUGCUAAAUGGUAGGACUAUGGAUGGUGAAAUACCGGCAGUAGGAUCCAGAGUGACCAAACCCCUCAGCGUGAGGCAGUGGUUGAAUGAACAGAAAGACGGCGGAGGGCAGGUUACACAGAAAGCUGGAUGGGGUGAUUGGAGUAAAUAA